AUGAAGCAAUCUAGUGAUUCUAGCGAGAAAGAUGGGUGGUCUCAUCUCACCCCCCCUGCAACCGGUCAGAACAUGCCUCAUGAGAUUAUCCCUGGGCACUCGCCCAAUAAUGCCUUCGAUGAUCCUUCUGGAAUGCAUGGCACCUCCUUUCUUUAUUUCGGCGCUGGUAUUGAUAAUGAUACGAGCUUCACCUCCCAACCCCAAUGCUAUCAAGCGCUUUCGAAGGAGCUGGACGGCAUGCCAUCCGCUCCCGGCUGCCAUAUGAUGCUUACUAGGAAUUCACUGAAUCCACAGUUCCUUGCAAGUUUCCAAUUCCAGCCUACUUCUGCAAUUGGUAAUUAUGAUUGCGAAGAGCCGUCGGUGCCACUCUUGGAAAGCCAGGGCUCGAACCCUUUCCAGACGACGAGCUCUGCUCCUAUUGAUGUCCCUCUAGGCAGUUCAGGAGUUCCCGAGAUCUUCCUGAAACCUGCCGACAAUACCGAAUCAGAGAACUGCUACUCCAGCUCAUAUUCAAGUGGACAGGAAGGCAGCUAUCCCGGCACUCCGCACACACCAAGCGUCAAUAGCCCCCGAAGCGACGCGGGUUCUUUUGCUCAGAUGCAUGACGAAAGACAGCCGAGCUUUUCAUACAUGUCUGCAAGCUCUGCUUCUACCUAUGCGACUUCUUGCGAUGGAUAUGAAGAUGAUGCUACCCCCUCGGGUUUGGAUCGUAACUCCAGUGCCUGCCUCCUCGAGCAGCGCAGCCAAUAUCUUCAACCAGGGUCACUGACCCCUUCGUAUACCUACCCCUUGGGAAGAGAGAGUCGACCUAUUUCGAACUUCAUUGGCAGCACCUUUUCACGGAGAUCCAGUGAUAUAGCACCAAGCUGUUCCACUCCAAUAGGAGAAGUUGGAACGGAUACCCUCCAGAGCCCUCACACUUCCCCUAUCAUAAUUUCAGAUCGCCCUCGCAGCUUAUCCGACUCUUUCCAGACUCACCCGCCUCCCCCAAGCUUGAAAAGAACGAGGGACUCUGAUGAAUCCCAAGGGAGAGAUGAGCAAUUGGACGAAGAAUCUGUUGUCGGCCCUGACAUGGAAGGUGCCCCAUUGCAACCUCGCAGGGCUCGUGGUAAGCGACAAGGCCCUCUUUCAGAAGACACGAGAAGCGGACUCAAAAGAUCGCGGACAGAUGGAAAUACGUGCCUCAACUGCUGCCUCAGUAAGGUCAAGUGUGACGGAACAAGGCUUUGUGCUCGAUGUGCUCAAGGUUUUGAUGGACGGGCCGUUCCCAUGUGUACCAGGGCUCACUUCAAAGACAUCAUCAAGAAAAUGUCGACCCUCUCUAGCAUGCCACCCUUACUUCGCGCGCCAAUCUUCGAACUAUUACCGUUUCCAGUCAGCCUUGAUGAAGCGGACAUCUCGCACGAAACCCUUGGCAAGAUCAAGGACAUCAGUGUUGACUGGCAUCUCGCGAUCUACUACAGAGUUUCCAGGCUCCGCACCAUCAAUAUGGAAGAGAUGUGGCGGUCACUAGCAACUUUACAAAAGUCUAGAUUGAAUCCAAUCCCUUUCCCCGCCGUCUUCGACAAACAUUAUUCGCGAGGCUCGCGCCCAGAGAAGAUUUUCCUUCGGGAGGGAAACCUCCCUGGUCACAUAAGGAUGUAUGUCCGAUGGACUAAUGUCCUAAAAUUCACCACCCUGUAUCAAGUUUCCAAAGACAGAGAGGAGAUGCAGAGAAUCACUCCCAAUGGCCAGGUCUAUCAGAUUCUGAUCCAGGUGGUCCUGAUUGAGCUGCGCAGAUUCGAGCGCAACAUCUAUGAGGUGCUCUCCAAAAGCCUCCAUCAACAGGGACCAAAGGACAAUGAUCCAAAUGCGGUACCCGAGUUGGUCACCGCGCUUGGCUAUCUCCUUCUCUCACUCCGCUGGCAGAUUUGCGUCUGGAAGAAGUACCGACCUUCCCUGGCCCGGGAUAUCAACCAGGGGAAGCGAGAGCUACGCUUUGCAUUGAUCCAGGACAUCUGCAAGAGAUUGUACCCGUACUAUUUCCUCUGCCGAGAUCGAUGCUUGGAAGAUCCGGCCGAGGUGGUGCCCGGGAUGGAAACGCACUAUGCCAACAUGGCGGGAAGCGUUCAUGAGACCUUCCCAACCGAGCUUUCCGAAGACGGCUUUAAAGCAUGGAUCCGUGAUGGACAUAACACCGUGCGUAAUUGCCAAGUUGACGAGCAAUCCCUUAUUCAGUCGAUCCUUUAG